CCCCCCCGAAAAAAAGGCUUAGUAUUUGUUUUAUAUAUAACAAACUUUAAAAGAAAAUUCAGCGGAAAGUGACCAAAAAUGAUGUUUGUUCGCAUUCCGGAACCGGAAGUUGUUAUUAAGAGACCAAACCGCGGAUUGGCAAGUAGUAAAAACGUGUUGAUUUAUUUUGCGUUUAUAAAAUAUUGAUCAUUAUCAUCUAUUUUUUUAAAAGCAGGAAACAUACCUUUUUUUUUAACCUACUGGAAAGUACCCGCAGUCUCAUCUUUAAAUAGAAACUUUGGAUGUUGGAAUAUUUAAAAAAAGAAUUAGGUUGUCUGUUUAUGCUGACUUUUUAUCUCAGAAUUUAGACUUUUUUUUUCUCUCUCUCUCUCAGGCUUUGCGUUUCCGCCACAAAAUAGGAAAACAAAUUACUCAAUGGUAAGGCAUAAUUAUGAGAUUAAAAAAGAGUUUAAUUUAUAAAAAGGGAAAGUCAAAAUUAUGAGAUAUAGCUAUAAUUGAAAUUACUAGAUAAAAAGUUAUAUGUAUGGGAUACAACAUCGAAAUCAUGAGAUUAAUAAGUCAAUAAAUGGGAUUAAAAAAGUCCAAAUAUGUCCAAAUAAACAUUCAUAAUUGGCCCUGCCAUGAGGUGGCGACAUGUCCAGGGUGUAUACCGCCUUCCGGCCGGAUCAGGGUCGAGCUGUAGGAAAUGGAUGGAUAUAAAAUGACGAAAUCCUGUUUUUAAAAAAGUCACAAUUAUAACAUUGAAAUUGUAAAUUGAUUGAUUCAUUGAUUGAUAGUUUUAUGAGUAGAUUGCACAGUACAGUACAUAUUGUAUUAUUAGAUUGCACAGUACAGUACAUAUUUUAUUAGUAGAUGUGCACAGUACAGUACAUAUUGUAUUAGUAGAUAGCACAGUACAGUACAUAUUCUGUACAAUUGACCACUAAAUGGUAACACCCCAAUAAGUUUUUCAACUUGUUUAAGUUGGGGUCCACCUUCAUCAAUUCAUGGUAUUAACUGUAUGCUAUAAAUCAGUAUUUUUCAAAAAAUUUUCAGCCACGCCACAAUUUUUGCGUUGAAAAAAUGCGGCGGCACACCACCAGCAGACAUCAUUAAAAAACCAAACUCAGUUGACAGUAAAAAGUGGUCGGACAUGACUUUAAAGCAUAACAAGCAUGCAUGACUAUAGCUCUUGUCUCAAAGUAGGUGUACUGUCACCACCUGUCACAUCACACCCUGACUUAUGUUCACUUUUUGCUGUUUUCCUGUGUGUCGUGUUUUAGUACUGGUCUUGCGCUCCUAUUUUGGUGGCUUUUUCUCUUUUUUUUCGUAUUUUCCCUUAGCACUCUCAUGUCUUCCUUUGAGCGAUAUUUCCCACAUCUACUUUAUUUUAGCAAUGAGGAAUAUUUCAGUUGUUUUUAUCCUUCUUUGUGGGGACAUUGUUGAUUGUCAUGUCAUGUUUGGAUGUACUUUGUGGACGCCGUCUUUGCUCCACAGUAAGUAUUUGCUGUCGUCCAGCAUUCUGUUUUUGUUUCCUUUGUAGCCAGUUCAGUUUUAGUUUGGUUCUGCAUAGCCUUCCCUAAGCUUCAAUGCCUUUUCUUUGGGGCACUCACCUUUUGUUUAUUUUUGGUUUAAGCAUUUGACACCUUUUUUUUACCUGCACGCUGCCUCCCGCUGUUUCCCACAUCUACAAAGCAAUUAGCUACCUGCUUUUACCUGCUGAUAUGGAAGAGUAUUACAGGGUUACUCUGCCCAGCUCUAGACGGCACUGACACUCAACAACAACACAUCAUUUGCAGACUAUUAUUACUGCUUUGCAAAAAAUAUUUUUAAGGUGAAAUUUGAUCAUCUCCCACGGCACAGUGGUUGAAAAACACUGUUAUAUACUAUAUCUCAGAACUAAAGUUAUGAGCAAAAAAUAUUGAGAUGAAAAGUUAUAAUCUCAUGAUUUCGAUAUUGUUAAAUCUUAUAUUUUCGACUUCUUUAUUCCAUGAUUUUGACUUUUUAUCUCAUAAUUAGGACUUUAUUUCAUAUUUAUGACUUUCUUACCGGACAGCACGGUGGUAGAGUGGUUUGUGCGUCUGCCUCACAAUACGAAGGUCCUGGGUUCGAUCCUGGGAUCUUUCUGUGUGGAGUUUGCAUGUUCUCCCCAUGACUGCGUGGGUUCCCUCCGGGUAGUCCGGCUUCCUCCAAAGACAUGCACCUGGGGAUAGGCCCCUCCCACCUCCAAAGACAUGCACCUGGGGAUAGGCCCCUCCCACCUCCAAAGACAUGCACCCCGGGGAUAGGCCCCUCCCACCUCCAAAGACAUGCACCUGGGGAUAGGCCCCUCCCACAUCCAAAGACAUGCACCCCGGGGAUAGGCCCCUCCCACCUCCAAAGUAUUGCACCCGGGGAUAGGCCCCUCCCACAUCCAAAGACAUGCACCCGGGGCUAGGCCCCUCCCACCUCCAAAGACAUGCACCUGGGGAUAGGCCCCUCCCACUUCCAAAGACAUUCACCUGAGGAUAGGCCCCUCCCACCUCCAAAGACAUGCACCUGGGGAUAGGCCCCUCCCACCUCCAAAGACAUGCACCUGGGGAUAGGCCCCUCCCACCUCCAAAGACAUGCACCUGGGGAUAGGCCCCUCCCACCUCCAAAGACAUGCACCCGGGGAUAGGCCCCUCCCACCUCCAAAGACAUGCACCUGGGGAUAGGCCCCUCCCACCUCCAAAGACAUGCACCUGGGGAUAGGCCCCUCCCACCUCCAAAGACAUGCACCUGGGGAUAAGUUGAUCGGCAACCCUAAAUGGUCCCUCAUGUGUGAAUGUUGUCUAUCUGUGAUGAGGUGGUGACUUGUCCAGGGUGUAAAAUGCCUCCCGCCCGAAUGCAGCUGAGAUAGGCUCCGGCACACCCUGUGACCUCAAAGGGAAUAAGCGGUAGAAAAAUGGAUGGAUGGACUUUCUUACCUCACAACUUGGAUUUAUCUCAUAAUUAUGACUUUUUUAUCGCAUAAUUUAGAUUUUUUUUUGUCUGUAUAAUUGUGUCUUUUAAUGUUAUAUGGCUCCACUUUGGACGGGACUCUCGCUACUAUAUCCACUUUGGACUUGAUUCUCAGGGUUCCGUUAGAUCCACUAUGGAUUGGACUUUCACAAUAUCAUGUCUAUCUGUGUUGGCCCUGCGAUGAGGUGGCGACUUGUCCAGGGUGUACCCCGCCUUCCGCCCGGUUGUAGCUGAGAUAGGCGCCAGUGCCCCCCGCAACCCCAAAAAAGGGAAUAAGCGGUAGGAAAUGGAUGGAUGGGAUGUUAGAUCCCCUCGACAUCCAUUGCUUGCGGUCCUCUCCAAGGUUUCUCAUAGUCAUCAUGGUCGACGUCCCACUAGGGUGAGUUUUUCUUCGCCUUUAUGUGGGCCCUACCGAGGUUUGUGCAGCCCUUUGAGACACUAGUGAUUUAGGGCUAUAUAAAUAAACAUUGAUUGAUUGAUUGAUUGAUAAUUUCCUUUUUUUCAACUCGUAAUUAUGACUUUUUAUCUGAAAAUCGGACUUACCAUCAAGGUGUUUGUAAUGGGGUCAAUGUUUAUGAAAGUGUUGCUCCUUCACUCUUGUUGAAUGUUCUUCAAUCCAUCCAUUUUUUACCGCUUGUCCCAAGAAGAUAAAAAGCGAGCGUCUUGCCUGAAGGUGACGCCUCCACCUUCUGAUCCCCGCUAUGAACAGGGGGCGUGGCGAGUGGGCGGAGCCAGCGCCUGACAUGGCCGUGACUCCGCCCACUCGUCCACAUCUCCUGCGCGUCUCCCUCCCACGCACAUGCUGGGGGGAACCAAACUCGCGACCAUUUCCUGCGCCACGAUGCGUUAACUUCUGACGCGCAGCCCAAGUAGGCGCGAGUCCACUUUUCUGUAGUUUUGGACGAUGGUGCGCGUGCGCGUGUAGAGCAGGAGCGACAUGUCCCACGCACAGGUGGAGAGCCCUGGACGCGGCUUCCCGCGGGGCCUGCAGGGCGCACGCAGGAACUCCUACGGCCUGCAGAAGAUCAGCAUGGACGUGGGCGUCCUGUCCAAGGAUUUGUCCUGGUCCGCGGAGAACAUCCUCGGUCUGCAGGAGUCCCGGGCCGAGGAGGAGGAGGAGGGGGAGACGACCCCCGGGAAGUGGGACCCCCCACCGAGGUCCAGCUCGGACUCUGACACCGAGGUGCUGCGCGGGAAAGGAGGGUCCUCUCCCGCGCCGGCCCCGGACCCCCGCUGGGAGGAGGAGAAGGAGGACGCGGAGACCAAGGCCGUGGCCACGUCGCCCGACGGGAGGUACCUCAAGUUCGACAUCGAGAUCGGGAGGGGGUCCUUCAAGAACGUCUACAAGGGUCUGGACACCGAGACCACCGUGGAGGUGGCCUGGUGUGAGCUGCAGACCCGCAAGCUGACCAAGGCGGAGCGUCAGCGUUUCAGCGAGGAGGUGGAGAUGCUAAAGGGCCUCCAGCAUCCCAACAUCGUGCGCUUCCACGACUCGUGGAAGUCGUCGGUGAAAGGCCAGAAGUGCAUCCUCCUGGUGACGGAGCUCAUGACGUCCGGCACGCUCAAAACCUACUUGAAGCGCUUCAAGGAGAUGAAACUGAAGCUGCUGCAGCGAUGGAGUCGCCAGAUCCUCAAGGGGCUCCACUUCCUGCACACGCGCACGCCGCCCAUCAUCCACCGCGACCUCAAGUGCGACAACAUCUUCAUCACCGGGCCCACCGGCUCCGUCAAGAUCGGGGACCUAGGGCUGGCCACGCUGAAAAGUGCCUCCUUCGCUAAAAGUGUCAUCGGGACCCCGGAGUUCAUGGCCCCUGAGAUGUACGAGGAGAAGUACGACGAGGCGGUGGACGUCUACGCCUUUGGUAUGUGCAUCCUGGAGAUGGCUACCUCCGAGUACCCGUACUCCGAGUGCCAGAACGCCGCGCAGAUCUACCGCAAAGUCACCAGCGGCAUGAAACCCGACAGCUUCUACAAGGUGAAGGUGGCGGAGCUGAAGGAGAUCAUCGAAGGCUGCAUCCGCAUGAACAAAAGAGAAAGGUACACCAUCCAGGACCUGCUGGAGCACCCUUUCUUCCAGGAGAACACGGGCGUGCACGUGGAGCUGGCCGAGGAGGACCACGGCGCCAAGUCGGGUCUGAAGUUGUGGCUGCGCAUGGACCACAGCAAGAAGCUGCACGGCAAGUACAAGGACAACAACGCCAUCGAGUUCCUCUUCGAGCUCUACAAGGACGUCCCCGAGGAGGUGGCGCAGGAAAUGGUGGUGCUGGGCUUCGUGUGCGAGGCGGACUUCAAGCUGGUGGCCAAGUCCAUCCGCGAGCGUGUGUCGGCCAUCAAGCGGCGGCGAGACAAGUUGCGUCCUCAGGCGGAGGAGCAGAGGAGGAAGCGGGAGGCCAUCGAGGAGGAGGAGCCUGAGCCCCGCCUGCCACCCCGCCCGCCGGCGGGCCGCAUGGCGUCGCCCGUCACCAGCUCGGCCGACUCGGGCGUGGGCUCCAGCUGCCCGUCCGAGCCCGAAGAGCCCGAGGCGGACCAGCACUUCCACGUCCGCCACCACAGCCUGUCCUCCGCCAACUCUGACUGCGAGACGGACGGCGAUCUGAGCUCCUCCGGCCUUCAGGACACCCUGGAGGCCACGCCCCCCGCCUCCUACGCCCGCUCGCCCACCGCCAACGGCCUCCCCAUCCCGGCCCUCUGCUUUCCUUCGAGUAUUGCCGUGUCCAACAACACGGAACACAUCAACCCGGGCUCUCCAAGUGGCUUCAGCUCUCCCGUGGACAGCUACGCCUCCGACGUGACUUCGGGCCUGAGUGACGGCUAUGAGGGCGUGUCGGAGAAAAGCGAGAGGCCGGCCGCCAAGCGAAGCUCCGCCAAACUCUUCCGGCGACGCGUGCGCUCCCGGCUGCGCAUCACCGGGCUGUCGGACAAGGUGGACCGGGUGGUGGAGUGUCAGCUGCAGACGCACAACGACAAGAUGGUGACCUUCAAGUUCGACCUGGACGGAGACAACCCGGAGGACAUCGCCGCAGUCAUGGUGCACAACGAGUUCAUCCUGCCCUCGGAGAAGGAAGGCUUUGUGUGCCGCAUGGGGGACAUCAUCAAGCGGGCGGAGGUCCUCAUGGUCCAGCAGGAGCAGGCGCUGCACCCCAGUGGACAGCGGGACCCCCAGCCUGUCUUCCACAGCGGGGGGGACAUGCUGUCCUCCUCCCAGCCUAACAUUUACAGUCACAUCCUGCCAAGAACCAACUCGUCCUCCUCGCUGCCAGACAACCCCAGUGUGGCGGCGGCGGCACACGACUCUCCUGCCUUCACCGCAGACGUGACUUCAGUCGGGCGACCUCUCGUACGCUCGCAGUCUUUCCACAGUGCUCCAGGGUCUCCUCUGGUGUACCAGCACCCUGCACCCCUCCUGCCGCACCACCCGCACUACCACCUACCCUUCAUCGCCAACACCCACUUCCCCUUCCAGUACCCGGGUUCCCCGAGACUAGCGGGCCUCCACGCCCCCCUGACCCGAGUGGCCAGCAGCCCCGCCAUACCGUCGGCUCCCGAGCUGGCCCAGGGCUCACCCAAGCUCCUCGCUGACCCCCGCGGCGGCAGCGAGAGCCCACCUGUGCCCGGGCCCCCCGGCAUGUGGCCCCCGGCCAGCCAACCCCUCUUUUCCCUGGCCAACGUCAUCUCCAUGGCGAUGAGCAUGGCGCACUCUUUCAUCCCGCCCUCCGGCGUGCCCGCCCAGGGGGUGCCCUCCUACGCGGGCUUCCAAACGGAAUACUACCCGUACUACCAGACCCCCCCGCAGGAAGUGCCUUACCCCGCGGCCCAGAACGUGGAGAACACGCCCCCGAUGGACGGACUCUCGCCGGGCUGGACCUCCACGCCUCUGCAGACCUCCACCCCCUCCAAACUGCUUCAGGAUCGCCUCGGACCUUUCCCAGACCAGGUCCUGGUCCCAUCCCGGGUGUCCAGUUUAACGUCCUCGUCGGAUCUUUCGCCCUCGCCCACCGACAGCCCGGAAAGUACGCUGUCGCCCAUCAGCAGUCCCAAGCAUGGCGCUCUGGCAGAAGCGAGAUCGCCACAAGAGUCGCGGCCUGCUGGACGGCCGGUCGCCACGGUGACAGUCGGACGCUUCCAGGUCACGCCAAGCACCGACUUCCUGGCCUCGGCCUCGCCGGACUCACACGGAAACGCCGUCAGCGAGAUCCGUCCUCAGCCGCACCCCCGCAGAGACCUGCUGCAGGACCUGGACAAGGACGAAGGCGAGGACGAGGACGAGGACGAGGACGAGGACGAGAAGGCGGUGGAGGAGCGUCCGAGAGCCAGGAGGCGUGGCCAAAGGAGGCGAGCGCACAGCCUCAGUCUGACGGCGGACGGCGGGCUGUGGGACGGAGCGGCCGGCAGUCCUCAGCCCAACCACACCCUGCACCACCUGUGGAUGAUGAGCUGCAGCGCCACCUACCUGAGCAGCGAGGACACCGACAGCGAGGACGACCACCACAUGAUGGAGGAGCUGCAGGAGCUCCGAGACAAGCACCAAUCGGAGGUCCAGGCCCUGCAGGCGUGCCAGAAGCGGGAGAUGGAGGACCUGUAUCAGAAGAUGGGCAAGGUGCCCCCGCCGGGCAUCGUCUCCCCCGCCGCCAUCUUGUCCAGCCGCCAGCGCCGUCUGUCCAAGGGGGGCGGCGUGGGCCCCGCCCCCCCGUCACGCAGGAACAGCCUGCAGCGCUCUGACCUCACGCCGCUGCAAGGAAUCAUCAGAAGAAACUCUCUUGGCGAAAGCAGCAGCGGCUCGCAGGAAAAAGCCAUCAAAGGCGUGACGUUCGCCCCGGACAAGAAUUGACUGUAAGACCGCCUCGGCACACCUGGACUACCUCACCUGAAGCCAAGCUAACUUCAAUCCUUCGCCGCAAGGCUGGAGGAGGACUACAAAAAAAUAAAUUCAAAUAUUUGAGGCAGAAUCCAGAAGAGAAAAACUUUCUAACGAGGUUCAAUUCCUUUUCCUCCCAAUCGGUGAGACGACGUCACGCCGCGUCGAUACGACGAUUGUUGAUAUUUGCUGAUAUCAGCCGUCCUCUGCCUUUAUUUCGCGGCUGAAGAAGAACAAUUCUUUAAAAGUUGGCAAUCCACAGAAGAACUUUUAUUCCCUUUGGCUGUGUUUGAAUUAUGCUGAUAUUAAGGAUGAUAAUGACUGUGUGCUCUCUGAUUGGCUGGAAGUGGUCACAUGGUUCUUCCAGCCACAAAAAGGCUGCUGGCUUGUAUAAAAGACGACAGUUUGUGCAAUAUUCUCCUAGAAAUGAAGGGAAAUGUGAGAAAAAUGAUAACUGAAGAGCAAUAAUGAGUCGGAUAAUAAUCAUUAUUCAUGUUUAUAAAGUAGUGGAGUUAUUUUUUGUUCUUGUUUAUAAAGUAGUCGCCGGCUUUUUUGGAUCGUUUACAGCAGCUCAGCGUCUCCUCCUUCAUCUCUUUUGGUACUUCAGGAUACAUUCUGUCGGAUAACACUCUUUAUGCAACUUAACACUCAACACACUUUUACAGACAAUAACAACAACAAAAUGUUUUUAUUUUAUAAAUAUUUUUUUUGGGGGGGG